AUGCGAUCCCACAGCAUCAUGCAUCCACAUAUAUCAUCCUAUCCCACAUCCUAUCCCACAUCCUUAUCAUGCUAUCCACAGCCAUCAUGCGAUCCACAGAACAGCGAGCCCACAGCCAGCCACAGCCGAGGCCACAGCCGAGCAGCCAGCAGCCGAGCCCACAGGAGAGCAGCGAGCCCACAGCCAGCAGCCGAGCCACAGCGAGAGCGAGCCCACAGGAGAGAAGCGAGCAGCCACCCAAAGCGGCAGCCGAGCCCACAGCCGAGCAGCGAGCCCACAGCCGAGCAGCCGAGCCCACAGAGAGCAGCAGAGCCCACAGCCGAGCAGCCGAGCCAACAGCAGCAGCAGCGAGCCCACGGCGAGAAGCCUGAGCGAAGCCAGCAGGCUCGAGCCCACGGAGAUCAGCCGAGCCCACAGCACAGGCAGCCGAGUCCCACAGACACAGUCAGCCGAUGCCCACAGCACAGCAGCCGAGCCCCACAGCACAGCAGCCGAGCCCACACAGCUCAGCUAGCCGAGGCCCACAGCGCAGGAGCAGGCCGAGCCCACAGCACGAAGUCCGAGCCCACAGGAGAGCAGGCAAGCCCACAGCCUGAGCAGCCGAGCCACCAGCCGAAGCCCAACAGCCGAGGAGGCAUAGCCCACAGCACAGCAGGCCGAGCCAACAGGCACAGCAGCCGAGCCCACAGGAGAGCAGCCGAGCCCACAGCACAGCAGGCCGAGGCCCACAGCACAGCAGCCGAGCCAACAGUCAGAGCAGCCGAUCCCACAGGCGAGCAGCCGGAGACCCACAGCCGAGGCGGCCGAGCCAACAGGCGAGGCCCACAGGAGAGCAGGCGAGCCCACAGCACAGCAGUGCCGGAGCCCCACAGCAACAGCAGGCCGAGCCCAUCAGCGCAGCAGCCGAGCCCACAGCACAGAGCAUCGAGCCCACAGCAGAGCAGCCGAGCCCACAGGAGAGCAGCAGAGCCCAAGGCGAGCAGCCGACCAACAGCCGAGCAGCCGAGCCAACAGCAGAGCAGCCGAGACCGACAGCGAGCAGCCGAGCCCACAGUCGAGCAGCCGAGUCCCACAGCCGAGCAGACACGCCCACAGCCAAGCAGACACGCCCAACAGCAGAGCAGGCCGAGCCUACAGCCGAGCAGACCGAGCCACAGGCGAACCCACAGUGCAGAGCACGAGCCCACAGCGAGAGAGCCGACCCCAACAGCCGAGCAGCCGAGCCCACAGGAGCAGCCGAGCCCACAGCCCAGCAGCCGAGCCCACACCGAGCAGCGGAGCAGCUCGAGCCCACAGCCCAGCAGCCGAGCCCACAGCCGAGCAGCCGAGCCCAAGCGAGCAGCCGAGCCCACAGCCACAGCCGAGCCCAAUUCCAGCGGGCCAGCAGAGCCCACACAGGAGAGCAGCCGAGCCCACAAGCAUGAGCAGCCGACCCACAGCCAGAGCAGCCAGAGCCCACAGCCACAAGAGCCAGCCCACAGCCGAUGCAGCAGAGCCCAAGCACGGGAGCCAAGCACCACAGCCGAGCAGCGAGCCCACAGCCGAGCAGCCGAGCCACAGCCACAGACAGCCCACAGCCUAGCAGCGAGCCCACAGCAGAGCCAGCCCAAACAGCCGAGCAGCCGAGCCAAAGCCGAGCAGCGAGCCCACAGCGAGCAGCACGAGCCCCCAAGCCAGCAGCGAGCCCACAGCGACCAGACGAGCCAAACAGCACCAGCAGCCGAGCCCACAGUCCAGAGCCGAGCCACACAGCCCGAGGCAUGCCGUAGUCCCACAGCAUCAGCCGAGCCCACAACAGCAGUAUGCAUCCAUCCACAGCAAUCCAGCAUCCACCAACUGACCAAGCAGCCAGAGCCACAACUGAUGCAUGCCAGCCCACAGCCAGACACAUCCCACACCACAUACAUCCUAUCCACACCGAAGCAUCCUAGCCCACAGCCACAAAGCCGAUCACACACCCACAACCGACAAACCAUCCAACAUCCUAGAUCCUAUCCACAUUCUCAGCUAUACCCACAAGCCCACAGCCGAGGCACGAGCCAACAGCGUAGCAGGCCGAGCCCACAGCCGAGCCCACAGCCGAGCAGCCGACCCAACAGCCGAGCCCAACACAGACAGCCAGCCACACAUGCCCAGCAACCGAGGCCAACAGCAGUCCCACAUCAGAGCAACCAACCCACAGCCGAUCCAACAUCCUAUCAUCCGAGCCCACACAAGCCCACAAACAGCCGGCCACAGCCAUCACCGAGCCCAACACAGUCAUCGUAUCCCACAUCCGAGGCGAUCCCACUACCCACACCAGCCCACAGCCGAUCGCAAGCCAACAGCCGAGCCGAUCCACAGCCGAGCAGAAGCAAGCGAGCCCACAGCCCAGCACGAGCCACAAGCCACAGCCGACCCACGAGCCACAGCCAGCACGACCCACAGCGAGCAGCGAGAAGCCGAGCCCACAGCCGAGAGGAGCAACAGCAAGCAAAGGAGCCCACAGUCCGAGCAGGACCCACAGCCAUAUCAGAGCAAGCCGAGAGCGAGCCCACCAGCAGCCGAGGCAGCCGAGCCCACAGCGACAGCGAGCCCACAGCAGAGCAAACCGAGCCAACAGAGCCCACAGCCGGGCCCACAGACGAGCCAGCCCCAGCAGCCGAGCCCACAGCAGACCCACAGCCGCAGCCGAGCCCACAGGAAGCAGAGCCACAUCAAUAG